UCAUCUACAAGCCCAUCUUGACUGAAAGAGAUGAUUUACAGAUAUACAUGCUAUGAAGAACUAUAGGAGCCAUGAGAAAAGUUUCUAAGAGACUCCUGGUAAGGAGUCUAGUACUGGGAAUGAUUGUACUUGCAAUAUACUUCACACACAAGGUAUCUCAGUCACUUGCAAUUACUUGCCCAGAUGAAAAGGCAAAGGAAAUACUUAAAGAUUUGUGCCAAUUGUAUGAAGGCAACCAAGUAGACGGCAAUCUCUGUUAUGAUUUGUGCCAGACAGAAUCCAUCCAGUACGUCUCCUGCUUCAACUACCACAAGGGUAAGGUAGUGUUCCGUGGGUCCUGGAAUGGGCGUCCAGUCAUUAUGAAGUCUAAGUACAGCCAUCUCUCAGACUAUCCCCAUCCCUUUGCCUCUGUGAUGGACAAAGAAGGUGUCAUGAAGACUGUGAUACCUGACAUGGCUUUGUUCACCUCUAUGGUCUAUCAUCAAGUUCAAGGACAGUUCGGUUUUGAGUUGGGGAUGACAGAAGAGCACCUGCUAAAACACAUGUGGAAGAGUAAAGACAAUACUGAUGAUAAGGAAACUACAGAAGGACUAACUAAUGCAGACAUUGUAAGCCUGUGGGCUUUGCUGCAACAAGAGGAGUACAUAGUUUACAAGUUCUGGAACCAUUUUCACCAUUUUCCUAAGAUCUAUGGCAUGUGUGGACAUUUUUAUUUUCUGGAGUAUGUUCCUCCAGGAUAUAUCCUCAACCCAAGUGCCAUCAGCAUGCAGCAUCAGCUGGCAUCUCUGCCCUGGUUAAAUAGGGCAAAAGUUGCCAUGUCAAUGAUGGAGUUCCUCAGCGCUGUGGAUGACCAGUUUCCAGAGAAACUGCACCUCUGUGAUGUGAAGCACAAUAAUUUUGGAGUCACGCAGGACUGGGUUGUCAAGGCCAUCGAUGUUGAUAUUACCUUUUUCCAGAAUCAACUGGACACAACCUUGAAUCAACCUGAGUGCACUUCUGCUGAAGACUGCCAUUUCUUUGACUGUAAAGGAUCCUGCAAUGCAACAUCUAGGAGAUGCAAUAGCCAACGAUCUAAUACUAAUCUUCAGGCUGUUUGUGCCGAUAUAUUCAGCAGACAUUAUGGGACUCCAGGCCUGCUCAGGUUACCACCCACACAGGUAGCCAAACAGUUAGACUCAGUACUCCAGGAGUGUCUUCAACAGAAGGGACUUCCAUCAAGCACCAAGAUAUCAGAAACAACUGUUUACCAAAGACUAUUGGAGGUGCUCAAGACCAGUUUGCAGUAUGUAGAGAGGUGACAGAAAUAAACAGAAAGUGCAAUGAGAUAUGUACAAAACUGAAUUAUUUUUAUAGUACUAGAUUUAUGGCUGAAUUAAGAAAAAAAAAAUGUAUGUAUUUUUUAUAUUGAGUUACAGCGGUGCUAUAUGAUAUUUGCUUUUAUGUAAUAUAGCGAUUAGCACAAUAGUUGUUAUAUACCUCCAAUUUUUGCCAUUCAAUAUGCAAUAAUGUGCCAAAAAGUAUUUAGAACUUUGGUUUUAUAUACAUGUCUGUAGAUCUUGUACAGACAAAUUGGCCCUAAUUCACAAAGGUGGUUUUGAAAACCCACGGUUGAGUCCAUGGUUAAUGCAGAUUUCCUGUAUAAAUUAGGCUUUCAUUUUACCACGUAUAUCAUAAAUGCUAAUGCUUGUUGUCACAGUGAGCCAAAUUGACGCCUGUUGCCGUGGUUAUCCACGCUGUUUUAUUCAUGAAUCCACUCUUCAAACAGUAGACUCGUGAAGAAUAUAGUGUAGGCCUAUCCAUGGUAACAGGUUCAUUUUGGCGCACAGUGACUAAGCGUAAUUUAUACUGGAAAUGUGCCUAAACCAUGGGUUUUCAAAUCCAGCUUUGUGAAUUCAGGCCUUUAAUUUGAGUCUUUACUGCUUGUUAAAGAUUUUUCAUAUAAAUUUGAAUCUUAACUGUUACAGAUACACAGACAAUUAUAUUUUAUUUUUUGUCGAAUAUUUCUUCUUGGUCCCAGUUUUACUUCAACCAGAAUAAGUAAAUAAUAUGAAUAUUAUGAUUAUAUUUUUUCAUAUGAAAAAA